UUUUUACUUAAUUCGCUGUCGCCUGCAACAUUGUUGCUGUCAAUAAUGUGCCCACUUGCAUACAUACACGUGUGUGCAUGUGACUGUUUAGCGUCGAAAGUCUGCAAAUCGAAUGGAAUUGCUGCAAUGUGUUGGUGACAGUGUGAAGGCAAAACCAUUGCAUGGUGGCAUGGCGCGCAAAAUGAGCGCAAUAAUUAAGUGUCCCAACUAUUUCAAUUAAGUGUCGGUGUUGAUGUCGGCGCUGCAUUUGUUGCCAAUACUAGUGCAGUUGUUGUUAUCAUUUGUUAUAUCCAACUUAUCCGAUUCUUCAUACUCAGCACUUUGUCAUACAGCACUCCACUCUAUGCUACGUAUGGGGUCGGUCGUUCGUGUGCUCCGAGCCAUUGUGCGCACAUGAGCAAUUCAAAUUAAUCACUCAUCAAGCGAUUGCUUCAAGCCUUUGUUACACUCAUAUACAAACGAAUACACACAUAGAGUGCUGUAGAUGUGUGAGUGUUUGUGCGUUUGUUUGUUUAGCCUUCUUACUUGUGCGAGUAUGACAAAUGCGGGUUUUCAGCUUUUCGUUGUUUCGGCGCUUCGUUGCCGUUCGGUGUUCCUCGUGUUGUUGCUAUUGUUGCAUUGCCUUCUGUGUUAUGUUUUGUUUUGUGACCAUUAAUCGAGCGUAUGAAACUCAUUAGCAUAAUCUGACUAGCUGGACGACUUUUGUGCGGUUCGUUUCGUCUUUUGUUUGGCGUUUUAUUUUUUUUUUAUUUAUUUUUUUUGUUUUCGUUUCAAUUUAAAUGCUUAUUUUUGUAUUUCACUUAAUUUGUUGUGUUCAUAUUUUGCAUAUUUUCACCGCUUGCGUAUUUGUCGUCUGUGUCAUUAAUAUUAUAAUGUGAAAAAAGACAUUUUUUGUGUUUUUAAUUUUAAGUGUUUUACUAUGGAUUGACAUAUUACGAGUGAAUGGGAGACGAAUGUGAGCACACACACACAAAGCGGAAUCAAAUAAAGCACUCAAACACGAAAUUAAUAGGAAAAUAAUGCGGUGUUAAAUAUAAAAAUAGCAAGAACAAGUUGCGGUGGCAAUAAUUUAAAUUAGCAAUCAAAAUUUGUGCAUACAUUUACGAAGCGGUUUGUUAUUGAGUGUAUGGGUGUAGUCGUUCGCAUUGCUAAUAGUUGAGUGAAAUGUGUUUCCUGUUUAAAUAAGUGCAAUCUAAUGUAAAUUAACUACUAAUACAAUGAAGUUGAAUUAAUUGAUGUAAAACUAUGUAGUGGAAUAUAAAAUAAACUAAUUUUUUUAUUAAAGCAAAUAAGAAAACAAUAAAUUAAAAUAAAAUUUAAGAAGCAAGUGUAAAAUGCAAAAUAUAAGAUAAACUCUUAACUUUUUAAUAAAUCAAAUAAGAAAAUAUUUUUUAAUUGAAUUAAAAUAUGCCAUGUUAUUGAAAAAUAGUUAAUGAAUGGAUUAAUAAUUCUACAGUUUUUGUGUUAUUGUUUUUUCCUCAUUCGGUAAGCAUACUUGCUGUUUGUUUCAUUGUUUGAAAUGUUUUUUAACACUGGAUGUAUGGAACCCCUCAAUUUGACGAGUUUGCGAUUAAAUGCUUAAAAAUGUUAACAUAGAAACAGAAUUUUUUAAUUAUUAGCGAGGUGGAGUUUACUUAUAUAAAAUAUAUUGAAGGUAAUAGUGAAUAAAAAGUAAUGGUUUUUUUAAAAUAAUUUACAACAAAAUCGUAAAGAAAGAUAUACAAUCACUGUCCGUAAAUCUAGAGUUAAUUUACAACGCAAACAUAAUAUUCAAUCGUAAAACAUUAGAAAAACUAAUGCAUUUCUCAACUUUCGCAAAUGUUGCAACACAACAAGUAAUAAUUAUAAAAGAAAUGAAUAAAGCACCAUUUAGUUAAUUAACACAUCAGUAAUAUCUGGCAAUUACCACUUAGCAGAAAAUUCCAUUUAAUUCAGCUUUCAAUGCAAACAGCGACGACCAAAAAAACAAAAACAGAAAUAACGAGCCAAAUUAUACAAAUGCUCGUGUCAUCGCUUACUACAAUUACAAACAGCUACAGUGUAUAUAUCUAUAGUUACAUACAAACAGACUAACUCAUAUAUAUGUGUUUGUGUGUGUGUGGUAGUACAUUGUACGCCACCCACCCAUCAAAUAAGCGGCUACGUCAAUGCCCCCGAGGUGCAACUUAAUCACAUUUCAAAUUAAUUACAUUCGGGCAAGUCACUCUAGCAAAACCGAAGUGCGACAACUUAACGCGAAACUCACCCUCAAAACAAAUACAGUAGCAAAACGGAAAUACACACAGAUUAAUAUACCCACACAUCAAUUUAGAUGUACACACAUACAUACAGACAUAUAUAAAACUGUAUUUAUGUGUGCGUGUGUGUGUGUGUGUGUAUUAUAUAGACGAUCCAACGCCAACGCUACUGUUGCUGCCACUGUCACUGUUGCUGGUUCGGCUUGUCAUUUCGCUUAAAUGACCAGUAUUCGCAAUUAAAUCACCUUCAUUGCUUUGUCAUCAACGCCACUUAACCCAUUAUACACAGCAAAUAAAAUACACAGCAGAUAUAGAUCAUUAAGCACAACAGUGGGUUUAUGGCACGCAAUCACACUAACGCCAAUUCAACCCACACACACACACAGACACCAACAACAACAGUAAAUUCAAGUAGGCAUGAGGCUAGCGACGAACAUUGCUCGGAAACGAACGAAUGGCUUUGUUGUAGAGCGCGCGCGCACGCAAUGUUCAGUCGACUCUGCCGACUCAUCGCAGCAGUUAGACGGGUGAAGACAUCAUAAAUAAAUACGUUUAUAACAGUAGCUGGGUUAAUAGCAGUCGUUUCGACAGAAACAGUGGCAACUAAAGUCGGCGGCUUAAAGCAAAAGCAAAGCUCAUCAACCUGGUCAUUAGCGCUAAACAUGCUGUUAUUUGUUUGUUGUUGUCCCUCUGUUAUUUUCAUUCGCUUCAAUUUAUGGCUCAGUGACAGGGAGUACCGUUAUCAACAUCACAGUCAUCGACAUGUUACGAUGUGCCAUAGUUAACAGCAUAAUCGUCAUAGAGCUGGUGAUCAUUAUUAUCUUUUUCCUUCGAAAGGUUUCUGAAAAAAUGAGCAUAGAUGUAUUAAAAGUUUCUAAAAUGGAUUAAAGAUCUUGUUUGGUUAUACAAAUAUUAUCGAAAACUCUUGAUUUAUAUAGUGCCUUAUUGGUAUAAAGUAUUAAUUUUUCAAUCUUUAACCCCAAACUAAUUUGGUGAAAAAAACAACAUUCAAUAGAUUUAAAGAAAUACCGUCGGCAAAAUAAAUAUUUUUUGAGAAAUAUUUUUUUAUUGUUUUUGUUUUAGGUAUGGAUUGAGAACACAGGUUCUUCAAAUUUUUAGUGAAUUAAUUAAAAAAAACUUUCGAAAAUCUGAUAGAAUAAAAAUAUAACUGAUUUAAUGAAGCUUGGUUUUAACCUGUAUAAAAAAGCAUUUUUAGCCCCCUCCACACUCUCUUCAAAAAAUAUAAUUUUCAAAAUGAACGUAUUAACUUCCGAUUCCGUAAAACAAAUGAAUUCAAAUGAAAUCAAGUCCAAAAGUGAAAUUCAUAACAAGCUCACAAAGCCUUUUGGAUAUCACAACAAUUCUGCUUGUUGUUGAGCUCAAUUCAAUGUAUCUACAGAAAUGUUGCGGCAAAAUCUUACGUUUGUGUACUUCUUACAUAUAAGUAUAUAUGUAUGCAAACACAUGUGUGUAUGCAAAUAAACACCAAAACACGGCUACAGUUACUUAUUGCUGAGUACGUGAACCCGAAAUGCCGCAAAGUACGCUUUUGUUGUCAUUCCCAUGGGUCCACUGGCUACAGCGCCCUCUCCUCUCCACUACAAGAGCUGGCGCUAGGCACAUUCGAAUUACUCCCAGUACGUACAUGCCGCCGCUAAUUGCAAGCGCGUUAAUUGAUUGCAAGCAAUCUGGCUACUUCCCUUCUCUGGCACAUUUUUGCCGACUGUCCAGCAACACUCCGCACGCCACACGCCUCACCCCCCUCCUUACUCUCGUGCAGCAAACUACAUGCGGCACUUGUCAGGCUAUUAGCGAGCGCCACCAUUACUACACCAAUAACAACAUUAAAAACAACAACAAAAACUAUCAUCACGAAUCGUAUGUUGUGCUCGUAUCAGUUGUUGUGUGUGCAAUCACUGAUUCGUACAAAUGUAGUAUGUUUGUGUGUAUGCGGGCGCUGCUGCUAAUGCUGCUGUCGCUUGCUGCCAUUUGAAUGGCUCCGUUUGAUCUCAUUCGUUAGUUAAGCGCAUUGGUGUGAAAAAGUGUAUCGCACGGAUACGCGAUAUUAUUGUUGCUCGUUGAUUGCUUCAGUGUCGGUUUCGUUAUUGUUGCUGUUAGUGCGUUGUUUUUCCUCCACUUCCACUUAUUAUGCCAUAACCACCGUCGGAUUUUUUCGCGCAUUGUGUUAUUUUUCACACAAAGCUCAGCUCAGCGUUGGCUAAACUUUAGUAAAUAAAUAACGUGUGUGUGCAUGUGUGAGCGAAUGUUGAUGUGCGCGGCAGUUUUCACCAAAAUGUGCCGCGAUUGUGGCUACAAGUUGCUGCCGACGCCAUUUAUUUUUUGUGCCGUAAAGUGUGUGUUUUGAUUUUUUGAGGAGCUCGCGUGUGACAUUGCGUAAAUGAACUUAGGGAAAGCAGACAAGUUCUUUUAAAAACUGAAUUUGAUCGAGUUUUUUCAUAUUAUUUGCUACCAACAAAAGUGAAAGUUAAUUACCACAAAGCAUUUUAUGAAAUAAUACGUAAAAAUACAAAACAUAUAACUAUACGAACAAGUAACAUGUGAAAGCACAUAUGGACAUUAAUCUAAAUGUACGCCUCCGCGUAUGAGUAACCUGAGUGUUAAUUAUGUAUUUGUCAGUUAAAAGGUGAACUACGGGAAUACAAAUAUUAAUGUAAACCCAUACAAAAAAAUAUAAAUUAAAGUGUCGAUAUUCCCAUCGGUGCACACAUUUUUACACAGUUCGUGGUAGAUUUAUUUAUUAAAAACAUCACAAUACAUUGGCAGUUAACGUCACUAAACUAAGAAAAAACAGUGCAUAUAAUCGAUUAGCAAAGCUAUUAUGUGUCUGUGUGUGUAUGUGUAGCCACCAAAUCGGCAAUAAAAAGUUUCCUCAAUCAAAAUAUGCGCUCGUAAUGAAAUAUUUGUUUAUGUGUUUGCUUUUAAUAUUGAAAUAAACACUUGCAUAUUAAAUUACAAGCGAUUACAAUUAGUGAAUAGCUGUGAAAUGUGAAACAGUUGUUUAAUAUACAAUAAAUGGGAAACUAAUUACAGUGUACAAUAAAAAACAAAGCAGGAAAACAACAACAAAUAAAAGUAAAUAAAAACGCAUUAUAAUAAAAAUGAAAAGUUGUUGAUGUGAGAAUAAAAUGGUGUAAAUAAGUGACAAGCACCAAACAAGACGACUUAAUUGGCAGGGAAAAUGCACAGAGCCAACAACAAUUAUAACAAAAAUAAUAAUUUAAUUUACUCGGCUCCAAACGUUGCCGCACCGCACCGCACCACAACGCACCGCAUUAUGUUGUCAAUUUUAAUUAAGCAAAGUGUAUUAAUUCGCAGCUCGUUAUACUAAUUAAGGAUAAUAAGCUACAACAAAAAUAAUAACAACAACAAACUAUAGUAUAUAUAUAUAUCUAUUAUCUAAUAAAAUCAGCCCAAGGCGCCCACCAUGUAACAAAACUAAAUUAACAAGCGACAACAAAAGUAAAAGUUCACAAGCACCAACAAUAAAAACAAACAACAAUACAAAAAUAAAUAUAUAUGUAUAUUUACUUUGAAAAGCUCACACAGUGACUACGUCAGAGCAGUGAAAUAACGGCGCUCACUUCAACGACACACAUACACAAACACACACAAAUCCAACUCGCCAAAAUAAGGAUAAGGAUAAUAUGCACUCAAAGAGCGCUUUAUAUGGCGUAGCAUGAGUGAGAGAGCCGUUGGCGUGGCGCAUAUAGUAAGAGGAUAUUCGAAAUUGGUGUAUUGGUACGCCACACUUGCAUAACAAAUUUUGACCUUUAACAUUUCCAUUGGACGUGUAUGUGUGUUUAUCUACGAGAAAUCGCUUUUUUCACAAAGUUCCAAAUUUAGUGCCACAAUUACAAUGGAGAAACAACAAUUCACCUGAACAUCAACAACAACAAUUACGUGUUUCAAGCACAGCGCUCGUAAAUGUCAACUAAAGAGCUCCUUUAGCUGUAAGCAGUAUACGCCAAAUAAAAGACAGCAUCCCUAUCACUUUGCACCAUAGACCUCGCGAACUAUUUACGAUCAGAGAACGCCCUUAAAUGAUGCCCGAAAUUGAUCGUGACACUGUUGCUGAAAUGGUAAGCGGAGCGCAUGCACCCAUCUUCAGUACCGCCGCACUACUUGCCAAGGAACAGCAGAAAUACAAGGCACACUCCCGCCUACAGGCCACGCUAGCCGAGCAGGAGCAUCUAAAUAUGGCAGCCGCCAGUUCAUAUGUGUACCAGAGCCCGUUAACCAUACCGCCACACGGACUUCAGCAAUAUAAUAAUUUCAACAUGAACAAUAAUCAUAUUGGCGCAUUGAAUCACAAUAUGGCUGGGCAACACUUGGCGGCAAACCAUGCUUGCAUAAGUCCCAGCAACAAAGAGAAGCUCGCAAACUUACUAAAAGUGCUUGAACCCGAGCAACGCAUUACGGGAAACUUCCUACAGAAGACACUCGAAGCGGCACCACGCCCAUCACCCAACAACUGUCACACGAAUGGCAGCAGUAGUACGCCCUAUUUGGAGACAGCGUGUUUAUCUGCACCACCACUACAGACGACGCUCUCGCCACCGCCACCACCACCGCCGCGCGCCAAAACACCGCAUCCACGUCGCUUGGACUCUGCCCUGGCACCGUCGUUAAAACCAUCCAAGACUCAAAAUGAUCUCGAAAUCAAUUCUAGCGAGAAUGUCACAGAAAGCUGGCAUCCACAUGUCUAUGCGCACCCACCCAUGCGGCCGACACCACACACAAUUGCGGAUAUUCUUGGUUGGCCUGCCACUGCUUCGCCAACUCCAUCACGCACGUUGAUCGCCAAUAAUAUCAGCAACAACAUGUCAGCUCAACGCGAUGCAAUGGACGAGUCUUCUAAUUCAUCAUCGAACGCAGCUACAACGGUUCCACCAGUGCCGGCCAGAUCGCCUAAAACUAUACUGCGCAACUUUCAGCAACAGUUUGUGCAACAACCACAGUCCCCGCUAAGAGAACCCACACAUAUGCGUAGCACAUCGGUGAGCGAGGCCAGUGAGGAUGAUAUAAAUAGCGGCUUGAUGGAUCAGCCAUUGGAUCUUUGUGUUCCCAAAAAACCAAGAGAAUCGUGCUCUCCGCCUCCACAAGUGAAGCAAACACAGAUACUAAGCAAAGCGGGAAACAGCAAGAAAGAUGCCAAUCACACAGUCAAAUCGGGUGUUAAGAAGAAAAAACUGGCGAAUGCCUCUGUCGCUGCUAUUUCCGCCGCUGGUGCAGCGCUGUUGGGGUCAGUUUCGGCGACCGUUACGCCACCGGCGUCUUCCUCGUCGAUGCCUGUGCCGGAUGUGAGUCCUACCGGUAGCAGUGACAGUCUGAUGCGCGAUAAGCAAUUCCCGACCGUCAGCACACCGCCCGCCUCCGCUUCAGUACCUGCUGUGGAGACGACGGAGGACGACUCGGAUUCGGGCUCAACAGAUGCGCGUCGCAAGAAGAAGGCGCGCACCACCUUCACUGGUCGCCAGAUAUUCGAAUUGGAGAAACAGUUCGAGAUAAAGAAGUAUCUCAGUUCGAGUGAGCGCACGGAAAUGGCGAAGCUACUGAAUGUGACCGAAACGCAGGUGAAAAUAUGGUUUCAGAACCGUCGAACCAAGUGGAAGAAACAGGAUAACAUCACGAAUUCGGAAGUUGCCGAACACAAAACCACAAAUACUUCUAAAAAUUCAAAUGAAAAUAGCAAAACUCCGAACGGUUCUAGUGGCACUACUAUGACACCAAUAGCGGAAACGUCAGGCAAAAAAUCACAAAAUCAUCACCACAACAACAAUGCCCAAAGCAAUAGCUCCGCAAAUGGUAACGCCGAAAAGAGUCGUUCGGGUGCCACGAGUGAAUUGAGCGCCAAAUUAUCUGCGAAACAAACUACAAAAACAAAGAAACAGAUGAGUUCGUUACUGGAGAAAACCGCAAAGAAUUCUUCCGCGACGUCUGUCAACAGCAAUAGUGCUGUCGUGAUCAAUGGUGGGAGCGCGGACAGCGUUAAACCAACAACAGUAAGUAGCAGCGGCAAAUCGGGCAGCAACACUAAAAGCACAGAAAGUGCUCAUCAACAUACGCAACAGAAUCACCAACACCAUACCCACCGCAUUCACCACUCUCACUCGAUUCCUCAUCAUCGACAGCACGCCAUACCGCUGACGGUUGAACCGGCUGCGCCAUUGGAGCAGACAGAGAAACUUGAAAUAAAAUUAGAAGAGUCGCCGCAACACCGCGAACUGCAAUUAAGCAUAUUGCGCGCCGCCACCAAUCAUAGUCCUCUGCACUUCAGUGACAUGGAUUUCGAGAGCAAAUUGGCAGCGUCUAAAAUAUCGAACGCGCUCCUCGGCGCAAAAAUGAAGGUCGAUAGAACGGAGGAAGCAAGACGCCGCAAAAGCAGCAGUGAGGAAAAGGACUUGCACCAUGCCACAGGAAAAGCGCGUGCUGAGAAACUCUUAAAAAUGGAGGAGAAGGAGGAGGAGAAAAUAGAAACAGAUUUGGAUAGUGCGAUGGAUGUAGCACAGGAAACCGAUGUAAAGUCACCAGCCGUAGAUGAAGACGAAUUUGAAGCGCAUACGGAGGAAGAUAGCGAGAUGCGCAAUGUGGAAAAUUAAAACAAAUGAGAUAAAUAAGAAUGUUUGAUGGAAAGAUCUUCCAGUGUGAACUGUGCCAAAAACUGAACAAAACUAACAAAAUGUAAUUUGUAGAAAUUUAAUUUUAAAAUGUAUCUAACUGAAGGCAUAAAGAAAAGCUCAAUUAAUGCAAGAGUAUAAUAUUUGAUUUUACAUACAUAUGUGUCUAUUACUGUUAAUUAUGUAUUUAGAUGUGUAGAGAAAUAAGGAACAAAAGAGAGCAAACGAAAUCAAUUGAACAAACAAUCGAAUUAAUUUAAUAGUUUUAACUAACGCUUAUGCUUAUUGUAAUUAUAAAUUCGCUUUUCGUAUGUUAUUUCGCAAUUAAUUAACUAAAAUAAGCAGAGUAUUAAGGACACGCAAUUGUUGCUUAAGUGUUGCCAUAAAUUCAAUGAAGAUAUAAGCAAAUUAAACAAAAAAAAAUUAAUGAUGUAAAGAUUUCGAAUGCGAGAAGAAACGGAAACUACCGUAAUUUGGAUGUAUUGUGAUAAAUGAACAUGUGUAAGAAGAAACUAAAUGUAUACGAAAGAAAUGUAAUUGCAUAUAUGUGUGUAAAUACGUCAGAAUGAUUGUAAGUAAUUACACAUGUAUGUAAAAUAAUAUAAACAAAAUGCACUUGCCCUAACACAUUCUUGCAAGUCCAUUUGCUGUUAAUUUCAGCAAAAAUAAAUCGUUUAUCACAUACAUACACAGUUUAUUGGUCAUGUUUACAAAACAAUGAAUGUAAUCAAUUACAUAAUUAAAACUUUAACUAUUUAUUGAAUGUACAAAACAGGAGCAUUGUAAGCUUAACAAUAGCUAUGCGAAAACACAAUACAAAAAAUAAAAUAAAAAACUAUGCCAAUUGAAUAAAUAAAUUAAUUAGAUUACUAAAUAGGUACAUCGACAACACCACCGGCAGUAAUUAAAAACUCGGCAAUUUCGUUCGGUGUCUCUGGUGAAUAUACAAUUUCAAAUCGACGCACUGUGAAUAAAUCGCCGUUGAUUUUCACUUCCUUUGGUAUCUUGGAAAGCUUGAGUCGUGUGCGCCCCAAAUGUGCCCACGCUAAGCCCAAGCACGGGGUUUCCUUCGCAGCUUCACUAACAGUAGCGACCUAAUAAUUUAGAAAUAGUAUUUAAUAUAAAAACUUAGGUUUUAAACUAUUUAUAUUACUUGGUUCACACAAAUCACAGCACAGUUAUAUUUGUCAGCGUAGUGCAACAGGUGAUUUGCCAAUUUGCGCAUGUCCUGAGCACGCUUGAUAUAGUUGUUGUAAGUUCGAAAUAUUGCUGCGACAGAAUCUAUUACAAUAAGGCCAAUGUUAAGCGAUUCCAUUAGCUUUGCUAAGCGCACACCCAUACAUUCUAAUAGGUCAUUCUGCAAAUCGAUAAAUAUUUAGUAAAUAACAAGUACAAAUAAUUACAGUUAUAAUUGUACGAGUAUUUAAUCAUCAUAUACCGCUUCCAGCACAUGUUCAAUAUAAAUAUUUCCCAUAUAGUUGAUCGACUUUUCUGGAAAACGCUUUUCAAAUACUUUUGAUAACUGAAAAAGCCGCUUCGAGGGAAAAGUAUCUUCAGUGCAAAUGAAGGCGACUGCUUUGUUCAAGCCACCAAGCUCGGUAGGCAGUUGCACUGUGAGUGAUAAUUGAAGCAGCAGCUGCGUCUUUCCAACCCCUGAUGAUCCACAAAUUUCUGUUAUACCACGCGUUACGACUCCGCCACGCAGACAAUUAUCUAUAGCUGUGCAACCUGUUGUUAAGUGAGACCACUUUGCAGACAAUGGCUCUUGAAGUAAUGCUGAUACUAGUUCAAUGAUAGAAUUUAAUAAGCUAUAUAAUAAUAAUUGUAAGCUUUCAUAAUUAUGUAACUUUAUUACCGGGCUGAGAAACGACUUUUGCAGCAGCAUCCUUAAGCACACGUAUAUCCGCUUCCGGACAGUCUUGAAAAAGUUUCGAUUUCGUGAAAGGACCAGGUUUAGCAUAUUGUACAGAUUUUCUGAUUUGCGUAGAGUUAUUGGCCACGCCAAUUUUAUUAAAAUCACUCGCUUUUGGACAACCCGCCAUCUUUUUUGAACCUUAAUAACUAUAAUAAAACAUUCAACUGUAAUAAAAACUAUAACAUAUCGAUCAAACAAAAUACUCAAACUAAAAUUACGCGGGUUAUUCAACAGCUGUUAGAGAGCUACCAUAUUUCGAAUAAAUUUAAUCUUUGUUCUCAUUAUUAUUCGUUGAAUAUGGCAACGACGACUGAUCAGCUGUUUUAAUAUUUUUCACCGAGUAAAUGUAUAAUCCAAGUUGUUGACUUUUAAAUUAAAAAAUAAUUACUGUGCACCUAAAAUAUUCAAUUGACAUCUCAUUUACUUAAAAAGUGAAAUAUCUAGUAAAUUUUAUGCAGAAUAAUAAUUCAAUGAGCUUGGAUUCUGACAAAGAACUUAUAUUUCACAAAUUGUUUACCAAACACCAAUGGUACUUAUAUACUAUAAGUUCAAUGCAUUUUACAUUUCAUAUAUCACUUGUUUCCGCAUAUUUUUAACAAACAUUAAAUUGAACGAAUUUGUGUCAAAUACCCAUGAAAAAUAUCAAUAAUUAGCACACAUUUUCAAAUUAGAAAAAUGUCCAUUUAGUUGAUGUUAUACGAGUUUUCGUUUUUAUUUACAUCGCAGCUUUUCGUUUGCGGUGGAAACAAUCUAAAAUAUAAAUCCUACUGGAAAAAAUGAUUUAAUGCUUUGGAGUUGGUUUGGACAAUUCCUCCAAUGCAC